UUUUUAAACGACGCACUUCAUCCGAAACAAAAGAUAAGAUUAAAUAAAAAUAGUUGUACAUUUGUAGAAAAGCAAACACGUUUCAUUAGAGACAUCAUUCGACACUGCGAUGUUUUUAGAAACGGUUUUAAUUUUAACAAUUUCCUUGUUACUGUACAUAUUUUUGUACUACAAGCAUUGUUUUACUUAUUGGUCAAAAAGAAAUGUAGAAACGUUACCCCCAAAAAUACCCCUCGGUAACAUAACUUUAGAUUUUUUUAAGGGAUCAUCAUUUUUAGUGUUCGCAGAUGUUUAUCGUUACUUUAAAUCGAAAAAGAAGUGCAAAUAUUUCGGUUUUUACACCCUUUUUCGUCCAGUAUUCGUACCCACGGAUACCGAGCUGAUAAAGAAAAUACUGAUUACCGAUUUCCAGCAUUUUACAGACCGUGCGAGUUAUUGUAACGAAGAAGUAGAACCCCUAAGUGCAAAUUUAUUUUCCUUAAAAGGAGAAAAAUGGAAAUAUAUGCGAACCAGGUUGACACCAACGUUUACAUCUGGGAAAUUGAAGUAUAUGUUCCACACCAUCCUGGAUUGUGCUCGUGAGAUUUCCACCACAUUGGAUAAAAUAAUAAUCCAAAAAGAACCUGUUAACAUACAAGAACUCAUGUAUAAAUUCUCCAUAAAUGUUAUCGGUUCGACUGCCUUUGGCUUAGAUAUCGACUGCUUUAAUAAUCCCAACACAGAAUUCAAAUAUCACGGCCUAAGGGUUUUCAAUAAAGAUAUAUCGAGGAGAAUCUUAUUCUUUAUUGAAUUAUUCUUCCCAAAACUGUUGUUCUUGUUUCGAGUAAACUUCGUCAAAGUUCCCCGAGACACCACGGAAUUUUUCUUCAAAAUAGUUAAAGACAUGGUAAACUACCGAGAAAGCAAUAACGCCAAGAGAAAUGAUUUCAUGCAACUUUUAAUAGAACUCAAAAACGACAAGACCAAAGGAGAAUUUACAAUGGAUCAGAUAACUGCGCAAAGUUUUAUUUUCAUUUUAGCCGGAUUCGAAACUUCUUCAACCCUUUCCAAAUUCUUAAUGUAUGAAUUAGCCCUUAAUCCUGAGAUACAAAAUAGAGUAAGAGAAGAAAUAAUCACAGUUUUAAAAGAAUUUGACGGAAAUGUAACUUACGAAGCCGUAUCUAAAAUGCGAUAUUUGGAAAUGUGUGUAUGUGAAGCUGCAAGAAAAUAUCCUGCCCUACCGGUUCUUACACGCGUUUGUUGCAAAAAUUAUAAAAUUCCCGAUACUGAUAUCGUAAUUGAGAAAGGGACAGUUGUACUAGUGCCAGUUCAGGGAAUACAUUAUGAUCCCGAAUAUUAUCCCGAACCAGAAAAAUUCGAUCCUGAAAGAUUCAGUGAAGAAAAUAAGAAAAAUAUGAUCUCGUGUACUUGGCUACCUUUUGGAGAUGGUCCAAGAAACUGCAUAGGAUUAAGAUUGGGCUUAUUGCAGUCAAAAAUUGCAAUUAUUUCGCUACUACGAAAUCACAGCUUUUCCCUCAAUUCCAAAACUAACCAACCGUUGAAAUUUCAAGUAAAAGGGGUAGUAUUAAAUGUUGAUGGUGAUGUUUAUCUAAAUGCUCAAAAAUUGUCGUAAAGACCAUAUCUCAGCUGCUAUAUGUCUCAUAUUUUUUGUUCUAGUUAUUUCUGCUUUUCUUUUACUUAAUUUUAAGUGUUAAUAAUUUUCUGAAUUUUAUUUCUA